UCGGUGUGUCGAUUGAUGAGAUAACCUGGCAUCAGCAGCAGAGAGUUCUGGAGGUGCCCACAUCUCAAGGUCCACCACUGGACAUUUUGAACCCAAAUCCUACAACAUUGUUUUGAACUCAAGAACUUCUACUGACAAUACUUCUAGUAAUGUGUGGGACGAUUCCAGUCCAGCUGCAUGGUUGAACGAUGGACAGUUGUGAUAAACAAGUACACAUGACUCUCCUACAAGAGUAUGAAAGGAGAAUGUGUUAUGGUGUAUUUAGUAAAUGAAACAUUGUAUAUAGUCCAAUCAGAUUCUAUAUUGACCCCCCCGAAAGGAGUCAAAAGAGUCACUUGAAGGGAUUUAGGACUGGAGACUGAGAUCCCCCGAAAAUCACAUGAAAUAUAUUAUGAUUCAUAUAAAGUGAAAUCCUAUGACUUACUUUUCACAGCAAUGUCUUUUUUUAAUAAUACUGUUGUACUUUUUAACAUUGUCUGAAGUAAGGAAAACAGAAGUGAAUGCAUGGAGACCGAAGGGAAGGUAGAAGCGAGGGAGACAAAACGGAAGAGGACCGAGAAGAACCGAAAACGGCCGGAAGAUGAUAAGAAGAGAGAAAAGGUGCCAAAUCCAUUAGCUGACAAGAAAGAAGAGGACAAUGAUGAAGAACCAUGUUGUUCCCAGAGUGCCUCGAGUCUCUCCACCUCUUGUGAUAGUCCGAGGUACUUUUCUGAGACUAAGAGGAAAUGUGCAGACAGAGAUAUGACAGCAUGCAACAUGGGGCAUCAGAGAGCAGCUCUUUCGUGCUCCAACGCAGCCAGUGGUGGAAGCAUCGUCAUCUCCCCCAGCUUUAUCAACUCCAGUGUUCAGAAUGUUAAUAUCAAGCUUUCCACUGGGGUUCAGACAAAAGACAUUAUUUGCCAGGCAGCACAAUGUGGUGACACAAAACCAGCGAUUGACACGUUCAAAGAGAAGAAUAAAGCUCGUCUGAGGAAGGAGUUUGUUGAGACGUCGGAGGGAACUGAACAUGAGAAGAUUCCUCUCAAUAGCAUCUUCACCCCACUAUAUGUCACUGAAGGGGAGAGUGAAGGGGUCAACAAAGAACACGAGAUCAUGCACAUUAAAUAUCCAUCCUCUGGGAAACAAUUUUCAGACAAGCCAAUCCAGUGUAAUGACAUCUUCAAAGCCCAACCUGACCAAGUGAAAGAGAUCCUGACUGUGCUGAUGAAGGGCAUCGCUGGCAUCGGAAAAACGGUCUCAGUGCAAAAGUUCAUCCUAGACUGGGCAGAAGGGAAAGCCAAUCAGGAUGUAGAUUUCAUCUUUGUGCUUCCAUUCCGAGAGCUGAAUUUGAUCAAAGGAGACCGCAGUCUUUAUGGUCUUCUGAAUGAAUUUCACCCGGAGCUUAAAGAGAUAGACGACAUGCAGAUCUUUGAGUCCCACAAAGUGCUGUUCAUCUUUGAUGGUCUUGAUGAAACCAGAUUACCACUGGAUUUCCCAAACAAUGAGAGAGUAUCUGAUGUCACAACAAAAUCUCCAGUUGAUGUUCUGCUGACCAACAUCAUGAAGAAGAAUCUUCUUCCCUCUGCUCUCAUCUGGAUAACCUCCAGACCUGCAGCCGCCAGUCAGAUCCCUCGCAGAAUCGUCAACAUCAACCUGGUGACAGAGGUCAGAGGGUUUACAGAAGAACAGAAGAAUGAGUACUUCAUGAAGAGAUUCUUUGACAACGAGGAGCUGGCUAAAAUAAUCAUCUCACACAUCAAGAAGACAAGAAGCCUCCACAUCAUGUGUUACAUUCCUGUUAUGUGUUGGAUUUCGGCCAAGGUUCUCGAACACAUGUUGAGUGAAAACGAGAGUGGAAAUAUCCCCACAAGUCUGACUGAGAUGUACAUUCACUUCCUGAUCACUCAAACAAAUCUAGCAAAAGAAAAGUAUCAGGGGGAAUCAAUUAUGGAUGAAGAGAAGAUUUUGGAAUUAAGUAAAGACCUGAUGCUGAAGCUAGGGAAGCUAGCAUUUGACCAGCUAAUGAAGGGGAGUCUUAUAUUCUAUGAGGAAGACCUGAAAAAGUGUGGCAUUGAUGUCAACGAAGCUGCAGUGAAGUGUGGACUGUGCACCGAAAUCCUGAAGGUAGAGCGAGGCCUUUAUAGGAAGAAGGUGUACUGCUUUGUGCACCUGAGCUUUCAGGAGUUCCUUGCAGCUCUCUAUGUGUACUACUGCUGUGUAAACAAGAACAUCAGUGCACUGGAGUCUCUCCUGGAGAACGUGUCCUCAGAGCAACCCUUGCACGAGUUGCUGAAGAGAGUCGUGGAUAAAGCUCUGCAGAGUAAGAAUGGACACCUAGACCUUUUCCUCCGCUUUCUCCUUGGCAUCUCACUGGAGUCCAACUUGACUCUCUUGCAGGGCCUUCUGCCACAGAUCGAGAACUCUGAGACUGUCGAGGAGAUGAGGAAAUACCUGAGGAGGCCAGAUGUAGCGAACAUCUUACCAGAGAGGCAUGUCAAUCUCUUCCUCUGCUUGACCGAGAUGAAAGACAGCACAGUAAAUGAAGACAUUCACAAGUUCCUCUUGUCGCGAGAUCGUGACGUCGAUGCACUCUCGGGGGAUCACUGCUCAGCACUGGCCAACGCACUUCUAAUGUCACCAGGCGUGCUGGAUGAGAUGGAUCUAAGGAAAUACAACAUUGGGUACUACAAUUAUGACAGACUAAUGCCAGCUGUAGCGAAAUGCAAAAAAGCCCUGCUGACCGAUAUUAGACCCAGCCAUGAGGACUGGGUAUCACUGGCCUCCUCCCUCCAGUCACCAGACUGUCCUCUGAGAGAGCUGGACCUCAGAGGGAUUAGGCUGUCCGGUGACGACCUGAGUGUUGUCUUCUCUGUCUUGAAGGGUCCACCUUGUAAACUGGAGACACUCAGACUGACGGCCAUGGAAAUUAGUAAAAAGGACUAUUCAUCACUGGCCUCCUCCUUCCAGUCACCAAACUGUCCUCUGAGAAAACUGUACCUUGUGGGGAUUAAGCUAUCUGCGGAUGACCUGAGUGCUGUCUAUGAUGCCCUGAGAGGUCCACUCUGUAAACUGAUGAUACUGAGGCUGAAAAGGUGCUUCCUGACCGAGGACAGUUAUGGGAUGUUGGCUUCAGCCCUCAGCUCAAACUGUCACCUAAAAGAGUUGGACCUGAGUCACAGUGAACUGUCGAAUUCAGGGGUGAAGAUACUCUCGGAUGGACUGAGGAGUCCACACUGUAGACUGAAGAUAUUGAGGCUGGCAUUCUGUAGAGUCACAGAGGACGGCUGCGCUGAUCUGGCUUCAGCUCUCAGCUCAAACUGCCACCUGAGGGAGUUGGAUCUGAGCUACAAUCACCCAGGAAACACAGGAGUUAAUCUGCUCUCAGAUCCACACUGUAGACUGGAGAAACUCAAUGUGGACCAUAAUGACGAGAUCUGGGUGAAACCACAGAUGCUUAGGAAGUAUACCUGUUAUCUAACGCUGGACCCCAACACAGCUACCGGACACCUUUCUUUGUCGGAGAACAACAGAAAGGUGGAGUAUGUGGAGGAGGACCAGCCAUAUCCUGAUCACCCAGAGGGGUUGGAUGGAGAACCUGAGGAUCAGGUGCUGUGUAGAGAAGUCCUGACUGGGCGCCAUUACUGGGAGGUGGAGAUGGAAGGGAAGAACUAUUCGGCCAUGAUAGGAGUGACAUACGGAAGCAUCAAGACAAAAGGGAAUAAUGCUUCUGUUGGACAAAAUGAUGCAUCCUGGGGCCUUUUCUGUGGUGGACAGAGCCCGUCUGUCUGGCACGAUAAUGAGCAGACUGACAUACCUGACUGGUUACCUCUACCUAUCAGAGUAGGAGUUUAUCUGGACUGGCCAGCUGGCAUUCUGUCUUUCUACAGCAUCUCCUCUGACACACUGACCUGCCUGUACACAUUCCACACCACAUUCACAGAGCCCCUUCAGCCAGUGUUUGGGUUAGAUGAUGAUACCUCAGUGACCCUGUGCCAGGUAGAGUACAAUGGCUUGAACGUGCCACAGGAGUGACAAUGCUUUCUGGACCCUCAUCUUAAAGAUAGCGCGGCACUAAUGAUGAGCGGAUAUUUCCCAUAGUGCUUUUGGAACCGGGGCCCUAGGUUCUGGAUCUAGGGUCUGGUCCCAGGCUCCAGUAGGCAGUAGCCUAUCCAAGGAGUGACAAAAGCUGAUCGUUCAUCUGGCAGAAGGUUGUAGUUCUUCAGGACCUGAAUGAAUGAUAUCUCCUUCUUCUGCCUUGUGGGUUUGGGCUGGGGAAGCCCGGCCGGAACCCGAGAGACGUCACUAUUCCUCCUGAAGCCAGCAGGGGCAGCCAGACCUCCAGCCCGGAUGGGAACCAGGGGCUUGAGGUAACCAGGGGCUUCAGGUAGCCAGGGGCUUCAGGUGACCAGGGGCUUGAGGUAACCAGGGGCUUCAGGUAACCAGGGGGUUCAGGUAACCAGGGGCUUCAGGUGACCAGGGGCUUGAGGUAACCAGGGGCUUCAGGUAACCAGGGGGUUCAGGUAACCAGGGGCUUCAGGUGACCAGGGGGUUCAGGUAACCAGAGGCUUCAAGUCCCAUGGCCCGUCAGUCCCCCGUGGUCGGGCUUUUGGGGCGACAUCAGGGGGUGGAGGCCGAGGCAGAAAGACCAGAGGGGCAAGAGCUGGGGCUCUGGUGCAGGAGGCUUUCACGAGGGCCUCGUUGACCCCUCCACUCUCCAGCAGCAGGCUGUAACGUCUGGGUGGAACACCAGUGAGCCUUUGUCCAAACCUGUUCAGGUUCAGGCUGGGGAAUCGACUCAUCUGCUAGGAGGAAGAAUAUCUGAUAAAUACAUAAAUACACAAACAGUUUGUUUAUUCCUGUAAUCUUGAGAAUGUACAUGUCGUUUUUUAUAUUGUAUAUUAUGGCUAUUUUUUUUUAAUUCAAAAUGUUUACAUACUUAGCAUUAGUUAGACUUUGUACCUUUAGUAUAGUUAGACCACAUAUUUAAGAUUCCUAUAUGUUGAUUGUUGAAUGAAUGCACCUUGUAAUGGACUGUGCAAACUUUCAUGGCGAUUAAAACCCUUUCUGAUUCUGA